CGGGAAGUAGGAAGUAAAUACACAGAAGUCGAGGUGCCACUGGAAAGAAGUCUGGCACCAUGCUGGAAGGCUACACCCCUGUGACCCAGGCCCUGCUGGGGACUCUGUUCACCUGGGGUCUGACUGCUGCCGGAGCAGCUCUGGUGUUUGUCUUCUCUAGCCGGCAGAAGCGCAUCUUGGAUGGAAGUUUAGGCUUUGCAGCUGGGGUAAUGCUGGCUGCCUCCUAUUGGUCUUUGCUGGCACCGGCGAUCGAGAUGGCGGAGGAUUCUGGGAAGUACGGCUCAUUUGCUUUCUUGCCUGUGGCUGUGGGAUUCACACUCGGGGCAGCCUUUGUUUAUUUCGCUGACCUUGCCAUGCCCCUGCUGGGUGUAGGUGCUGACCCCCACAUUUCCUUGGCUCUGCCCCCUGAAUCCAAGCUGUCCAAACAGAAAGUGGAGGAUCCCUCAUUCCAGUUCUUGGACUCCGAUGAGAUGACCAUCAGGAUAGGUAGAGCUGGACCUCUCUCAGAUAAAAUAGAUAAUGGAGAUGUGUACCAGAGGAGGAGAGGAACUCUUUCGGCCAGCUCAGAUGGACAGGAGACAGGAAAUAAACAACAGGAAGGAGCUGGACAGACAGCAAGCAGUUGGCGACGAAUUGUUCUCCUCAUCCUUGCCAUCACCAUCCACAACAUCCCAGAGGGUUUGGCUGUUGGGGUUGGAUUCGGAGCUAUUGGAAAGACUUCAUCUGCAACUUUUGAAAGCGCCAGAAACUUGGCCAUCGGUAUUGGCAUCCAGAAUUUCCCAGAAGGCUUGGCAGUGAGCCUGCCGCUCCGGGGUUCAGGGGUCUCAACAUGGAAAGCCUUCUGGUAUGGUCAGCUAAGUGGCAUGGUAGAGCCUAUUGCUGGGUUGCUGGGAGCAGUUGCUGUUGUCCUGGCAGAACCUCUGUUGCCAUAUGCGUUGGCGUUUGCUGCCGGGGCAAUGGUAUACGUGGUGGUGGACGACAUCAUACCUGAGGCUCAAGUCAGUGGAAACGGGAAGCUGGCAUCCUGGACCUCCAUCCUGGGCUUUGUAGUGAUGAUGUCACUGGAUGUGGGGCUGGGCUGACGUCACUGUGGACACUGGCACCAAGUCAACAGAACACUCAAUGGCCAUGAUGUCAUCACUGUGCUGCUGACCUCAGUUUUUUUUAAGAAGGGGACCAAAUGAAGUGUUUUAUUCUGAAACACUAUUUAUCCAUUUUGUUUGAAUUGUUGCUACUUGAGAUUCAGUAGUGAAAAGAGAAACAGAGCUAUUUUGUAAAACAAAGUGUGAGGAUGACUGUACUUGAAGCUGUCUUUGAUGUGUUUUAUUUUUUUAAUGCCAGCAGUCACUUCCUGAGAGCAGCUGUCACGUUUUUCAAAUUGCAGGCACCUCAUUUAGGGAAAUUUAUAAAUAUUUAACGGAUACUCUCCUGAUUCCAGAGCUUGUGAAUGUUUUGAUGAGAUUUCUUUUUCAAAAUCAGUUGUUAAACAAAAUUUCUUGGCUAAAAAGGUGAAAUGAAUGUUACUUUUUGAUUUAUGUCUUCCAGUUUUUGUAUUUCCUCAUGAUGGCAAUACUUGAAGUCUGGUGUUUGAUCUGUAACGUAAGGGAUCGCCAGUGAUUGAUUUAUUUUGUGUUCUCCAUUCUGACUCCUGCUGUAUUACUGUCGCUGUGAAACAGCAAGGUACAAGGAUAAUUUACUUCGUGCUUCUUCUAUAAUGAUCGUCUCCUUUUCAACCAAAUGUAGUGCCUUCUUCUUCUUUGGGGCACAAACUGUCUCCUGCCAUCUACAGGUCAGUCUGAACAUGUUGCGGUUCAUGUUUAAUUAUUUAAAUGGUGAAGUUUACUCAAAGAACAUGCGAAGUCUUUGUAUGAAUAAAUAACCAAGUGAUUCUGUU